GUUGCAAAAAUCAAGUAGAAUUUAAGAGACAAAGAGUGAGUAAGAGAGGGCACACCUUAUUCUCCACAUAUCACACACUCCCUCUCUCCUUCUAAGCACUAACAACCAAACAACAUGGCUUCACAACUUGUUAGUGAUGUCAAAUGCCAAACACUAAUGCAUUGUGCAGCCUCUUAUGGUGAAAGAGGAAGCAAACCAACACCAUCUCGUCGCAAAAGCUAUGGUUACCGUCGAAUAGAGAAGAAUAGCAUCAUCUACCCUGAAGAAAGCAACUUCAAAGAACACAAAAAUAAGGGAUCAUCGCUUGAAAAGGGUACAAAACGUAGCACAAAUCUAGCUCAAGCACAAAAGCUUCACAGGUUGGGAUUCUCUUACAUUGCAACAUCUUUUCUUUACAUAGUAAUUAAGGUUAAAGAAUUUUACAAUGGUUUCCUUGGAGAUGUUGCUAGUGAAUCAAGGAUGAUGGGAAUUGAUGCACCAAUGGCAGAACCAUAUUUCUCUGUUCCAGUUAUUCCAAAUUAAAUAAUAGGAGCAAUAUCAUGCAUGAUUAUAAUGUCUAGUAUUAGUCCAAAAGUAUAUAUCAUAUUGUAUGUUAUAGCUAUAAUGUUCAUAUAUAUUAGUAUCAAAUUUGAGGU